AUGGCCUCAUCAGCUCCCAGGAUCACUCCAUCCAGAAUUCUGCAUGACGGGACCGAACACGGACGUUGGACUUCAGCUUCAACCACCACAGUUGUCGUGUCUGGCGUCGACCACAGCCUUUGGAUACCUUGGAUGAAGCUCUCGAUCCCCCUUUUGGGACUUUCGGGUCAGGUCCCGUUCACCAGUCCUCCUAUUGCCUCGAAAGGGGCACCAGCGCCUGUGAGGGGCAAUCACAAUUUCACUCUCAAGGAGGGUGCAGACACGUUCUCGCCUCGCGACCUAGUUACUCUGGGUCGCCCAGGCUCCGCGAUUGCCAACCACGACGGAGAUCUUGCUCUUGUUCCAUUCAGCAAGUAUAACCUCGAAGAGAAGAGGAAUUACAAGUCCUUGUUCGUCAUUGCGCUCGACUGCGACAAUGUCAAACCACUCCAGAUUCCGCUUGAGAAGGGCGGCGAUGCAUUCUGGCUGGCCUCUCGAACAAUUGCGACAGUAGUUGAAGGGUCGGAUGGAUCCGAACUAUACGCCCUUGACAUUACAUUCGAGACGUCUCUUCAUACCUCGGGAGAGCCGCAGCUUAUUGGAAGAUUCCCAACAAAGACGCCCGCAAAUUUCCGCUUUAACCCUCAUUCCUCCUUUUUGGUUUUCUCCGACUAUGUAUAUGAAGACGGCAAUCUCACCACUGUCAAUCGACAAGACGAGGCUUGGGAGAAUCGCGGAAAUAGCGCUUAUGUGUAUGAUGCCACUUAUGAACGACACUGGGAUACCUGGCAGGGCCCCAAGCGCCCCCAGCUUUUCAGCGUCUCUUUGGCCCAAGGGGAGGACAAGAAAUGGAAACUUGGGAAAGUAUUUCACAGCCCGCUAAAGGGAACCAAACACUAUUCUCCUGUGGAACCGUUUGGGGGAACUGAUGACUUCGAUGUAUCCAAUACCCACAUCCUGUACACCGCCAAGGAUCCAGAGCUUCCCGAAGCAUGGCAUACCAAACAGAACGUGAGGGUCGAUCUUUUCGUCUCGCUCCAGGGUGUCUCUUCGCCUAAGGAAUUGACGUCUGGUAAACAGGGUGCAACACACAGCCCUGUCUUCAGUACCUCUGGCACCAAGGUCGCCUGGCUUGAACUUGAUAAAGACGGAUAUGAAAGUGACAGGGCAAAGAUCGUCAUUUAUGAUCUUGAGAAGGACAUCAGGUUCACCGUCACCCAAAGUUGGGACAGGUCAGCAGACGGUCUUGCCUUUUCCGAAGACGACAAAUUCUUGUACCUCACCGCGGGUGAUGAAGCUAAGGUCAAGGUAUUUGCGUUACCAAUAGCGCCAACUCCUGAACAUUCCACCACACAUCCUCGCUUGGACAGCAGGUUUUCCACCCCUGUCCCACUUACCCAUGCACGUGCAGCAAGUGACGUCCAGCCUCUUCCCAAUGGCCGCCUACUCUUUAGCCAAUCAUCAUUCACCCACCCCAAAGACGCAUUCAUCAUUCGGAACCUACAUUCCAUCGAGGCUGCUAUACUUGUAAAUGAUACGGACUAUCUCAGCGGAAUCGAGCCUGUUCGCCUCACCAAUUUUGCCAAAGAUGAUUUACUGGGAAAGUACUUGGGCGAGGGAGAGGAAUUUUGGUUCAAGGGAGCACAUCACAAGAAUGUCCAGGGCUGGGCGAUCAAGCCUAAAGGUUGGGAAGCGAACGCAGCUAAGAAGUGGCCGGUAGUCUUGCUCAUUCACGGAGGUAUGUAUUUCGGUCUUUCUGAUAGUGCAUCGUGUUCGAUCGGCGUCUUCCAGGGCCCCAAGGCGCUUGGGAGGACCAAUGGUCCACGCGGUGGAAUCCAAAUGGUAAGGGUGGAAUGUUUGAUCUCAGCAAACAAGCCUUCUAAAUCUCAUCCUUUAGUGUUCGCCAACCAGGGCUAUUUUGUCAUUAUGAUUAAUCCCACUGGAAGCACCACGUUUGGUCAGGAAUUUACCGACGCCAUCGCCGAAGACUGGGGAGGGAAACCCUUCAUAGAUAUGAUCAAUGGCUGGAAAUAUGUCUUGGAGAAAUAUCCGGAGAUUGACGCGGAAAGAGCAGUAGCAGCUGGAGCGAGUUGGGGCGGAUAUGCUAUCAAUUGGAUCCAAGGACAUCCGGAGUUCGGGUUUGGUUUCAAAGCACUCGUGGCACAUGACGGGGUAUUUGAUGCCACAUACAAUGGGUAUUCAACGGACGAACUCUUCUUCGUAAUUCAACCACGAAUGGGGAGGGAGGCAAGUUUGAGACCGUGGGAGUCCAAGAGUAAACGACUAUCUGAGAAGAUGAGUCCAUCGAAUUACGUCCACAAAUGGUCUACGCCUCAGCUUCUCAUCCAUGGAAGCAAAGAUUACCGCCUGCCUGAGACUGAGAGUAUUGGCGCCUUCCAUGCGUUGCAGCAGCUAGGGAUCCCCAGUCGUUUGGUCAUCUUCCCAGACGAGAAUCAUUGGGUCUUGAACCAUGGAAAUAGAUGGUUCGACCAAUUCGUUGGCGAUAAUGAAGUAGAAAGCGAUUAA